GGAGCAGUCUAGAACAGAGGAGUAAAGGAGAGAAAGACCGAGAGGAGCAGAGGGGAGAGGAAGAGGGGGAGUGGAUCUGACUGAGGAACAGCCACUAUCUCUCUCCUCCAGUCUUUCUAUCUAGUCUCGCUUCUGUCUCUCCCCUCCAUCUUCCUCUCUGUCUCCUCACAUCCUCCCGCUAUGAUGCUGAGGAGAGACCGUCUGCUCCUGUCUGUGACCCUCACAGCCAUCUUCACUGCUGACCUCUACUUCGUCCUGCUCCCCAAGCUCCGCCACAGACAACCAGGACCAGAUGAUGGAGGCUGCAUUUGUCCCUCCUCCAGGGGGACUAACUUCACCCUUGCUGGGUACAGCGGCCUCACCACCCCCUGGCCCUCCAACACCACCUCCAUGGACCUCCAGGGGAUGGGGGUCAGAGCUACGGACAACCUUACAGAGUUGGGCUCGAAGCUGGAGAGGCUGUUUGCUCAACCCCUGUAUAACAUCCAGACACCGGAGCUGGUGCGAGAAGAGAGGCUGUUACAGUCUGAAGAGGUAAUGGGGUAUUACAGGAGGAAGGUCUCGCGCUGGGAGAGGCAUAUGAAGCUGUACAGCGAGGCAGCAACGUUGCUGGAACACCAAGCGACCUUUGACCCUGAGGCCAGCUGGCUGAAGUUCCACCUGGGCAUUAAUCGCUACGCUCUGUAUGCCCGCGAGGACCCCACAAUCACCCGCCUGCUGAAGGACAUGCAGUCCAAUGCCGUCAUCAGCGCAGAUUACACUCAAGACGAAAAGGCCCUCAAAGGAGCGUGUGACUGUACCCGGGUGGUAAAGCCCAGUGGAUACCACCUCAAGCUGGCCCUGAAGAUGCAGAACUAUGGCAAGGCCAUGUUCAAACCCAUGAGACAGCAGAGAGACCAGGAGACUCCUGAUGAUUUGUUCUACUUCGUCGACUUCCAGAGACACAAUGCUGAGAUUGCUGCCUUUCACCUGGACAGAAUCCUGGACUUCCGGAGGGUACCGCCGGUGGUGGGCAGGCUGGUGAAUUUGACGGGGGAGAUUCUCCUGACCACUCACAAUGAGGACCUAAGGAGUGUGUUCUUUACCUCUCCAGCGAACAACACGUGUUUCUUUGCUAAGUGUCUGUACGUGUGUAAGACGGAGUAUGCAGUGUGUGGGAGCCCUGACCUGCUGGAGGGCUCCAUGUCAGCCUACCUCCCCGGUCUCAGCAUUGCCCCUCGUAUCUCCAUCCCCAACCCGUGGAUACGAUCAUACACCUUCACUGGCAGGGAGGAGUGGGAGGUGAACCCCUUGUACUGUGACACCAUAAAGCAGCUGUAUCCCUACAACUCAGGGAACCGACUGCUCAACAUCAUAGACAUGGCCAUCUUUGACUUCCUUAUUGGUAACAUGGACAGGCACCAUUAUGAGAUCUUCACCAAGUUCGGCGAUGAAGGUUUUCUUCUUCACUUUGACAACGCCAGAGGGUUUGGGAAGCAUUCUCAAGAUGAGGUGUCCAUACUGGCUCCACUGUCACAGUGCUGCAUUAUAAAGCGUUCCACGUUACUGCGGCUGCAGCUCCUCUCCCAGGACCGCUACAGGCUCAGUGACGUGAUGAGGGAGUCCCUGGGAGGAGACGCACUGCAGCCGGUCCUUACUGAGCCCCACCUGCAGGCCCUGGACCGCCGGCUGCAGCGCGUCCUGAAGACAGUCCACAGGUGUGUGCGCAGGCUGGGAGAGGCUCAGGUGAUCACCACAGACUUUGUUGAUACCUCCGCCAUGCCUGAGUCUGUCAAACCAGUGUCUGCGCCCAACAAGGAGAGGUAACUAAGGUUAACAAGGAAUUCAAAAGAAGUGCACUAUAAUAGGGGAAUAGGAUGACAUUUUGGACGUAUCCCCAAGUCCUACAAGGGGAGGUAACAUAAGACCAAGGACAGCCUGAGGACCAUGAUGGCAGGUGACCUUGUCCUGUAAAAGCAGGAACCACAGGGUCUGGUCCCUCUCACCGAGUAAUGCAUUCCGAACUAGUCUUUGAAGUCAAACCUUUGGAAUGAUACGGUCUGCUUUGACAAUAGACAGCAGCACUGCUUUCCUGCACUGUCAAAAUGUCACACAUGGCCUUGGGCUAUGAGGUCACCUGAGGUCACCUUCCACCCUCUCUGAAGAUCCCCUCUGCCUUGCAGUGCAUUGAAAUGGACCUACUGUAUCAGUGCGUCAAAGGAGCCAAAUGACUGUGGAAGAAGCACUGGAUAAUUUAAGAUUAUUUCUGCUUUUUCACAAUUUCACACCCUUCUUCAGUACUCUGUCAUUUCAAUUUCAUUUCAAUGAUUGCACAUCAGUUCUGUGAAGUAACCUUGUGCCAACAGAUAUUUAAUCAAAUAUACAUUUGUAAAUAAAGGUUAUGAUUUGAGGUAAUCCAUUGAAUAAAACUUUAAUACGAAGAAAUGAUGACACUUCAAUACUCCUUACAUUUCUACUGCUUUCUGUUGUGUAACUGUGUUGAUUGAUCUGGAUUCACAUUAGACACACAUAGUGAAAAUUAAAAGGAAAGACAAAUUGA